CUAUACAUUCCUAGUUAGCGCUUUUUGUUAAGACAGGCAUUGAUAUACCUUCAGUUAAUCGCUUGAUGCAGUUCACUUUUCGGGAUCAGACAAACUUUAUCCUGAUAAUUUCCGAGGAACUCUUCAGUUUAAUCUUCGAUGUGACGCAUCACAAUGUUUAAGGGCAAUUACCAGGGGGGAGCUGUGUUUGAUCUCUUCAGUGGACAAGGAAAUGACCCUGUAGCCAAAUGGAAGCUUUGUGGCGGACCUUCGGCUAUACAUAAAGAGUAUAAUAAAGAAGUUAAAGGAUUUGUUUACUGUCUGAAAGGAAGCAGCCACACUGUCAAAAUGCAAAUGCCAGAGAAUGCUAAAAUGUCCCUUGGGCUUAUUCAACCAUUUUUGGUCCUUCAAGUAAAUGUUCCAGAGCGCUGUGAUUUUUCUAUUGAGCUUGUGAUAACAGAUUUAGAGCAUCUAAAAAGAAGAAUUUACUUUUCAACAGUGCAUAAAGAGAUAUCUGCCACACUUUUGCACGCAAAGAUACCUUUCACAGAGCUGAAGCGCAAUACUUGGUCCACGGUGUGCAUCGACCUUGUAUCAAUCGCCGGUGAACUUUUCAAGGGAUUUUUGACUCUGGAUGGCAUCACGUUGUUUGCUACCUGCAAAGUUAGGAGGAUCUUCACCAUGAAAACGGACCCCAAAGUCAUGUCAGACGCAUUUCUUAGUGGGGCUUGUCUCAUGGAGAUGAUCCCGCGCAGUUUCUGCUACCCUUCAGAUGUGAACCAAAUUACUAAUGUGCUGAACUAUGAAAAUUUACAAAGGGCUGAAAAAGGGUGUGAUCCUCUUACAUCUGCCUCUGGAGCAUCUUGCAAAUUACAACCGCGCCCACCUAAACAAAGGCUGUUUGGUAAGCAGGGAUCUAAGAAGCUACGAGUCCUGACUGCCAGAAGAGAGACGGUACCAUCAUCAGUUGUGCAGAGCUGCAGCCCUGCAAAGGUAACCAAGGAAGCCGCCUCCACACCAGAAGAGUCUCAACUUCGACCAGGUUUGUCUCCUGACCCAGAGGUCUGGAAUAGCUGGGAGAGUAAUGAGGGGUCCGAGCCCCAGCUCACUUUGCAGGAGGAGGUGUUCACUUUCUCAUCCCUGCCGCACUCACCCAGACGAGGGCAGAAUCAGGGUGAUCAGGAAAAGAUGGAGCUUGGAGACAGUCAGGUCCAAAGGACUGGUGGAGGGAGGCAGCAUGCAACGCUUGAAGAUGACUUUAUCGGCAGUGAAAGUGAUGAGGAUACAAGUCACAUCAUGUUCCACCAUCAACAAACUAGCAUGCCUUAUCCUGCUACCAGCAGAUCUGCUGAUAGAAGUCAGCAGGUGCUGCCCAUGAAUCCAUCUGAAUCUCUACAUACAAACCAAGUUUCACAGAACCAAGGUGUAACUAACACCUGCAUAGAGUCGCCCUGCAACCGAAGAGCUGAACCAGCAAGCAUGGUCCCCAAGCGCUGCCUCUCACCUAACAGACAACGCCACAAGUCUGAAAAAUCAGAUGAGGGUUUCGGUGAAGACAUCAGCAUUUCACUUUGUAGGAGACUUCUGCAUGAAGUUCACUUCAGCAACUCCAAACAGCCUAAGGAAGAAGACGGUGAGAUCCAAAGGACUGUUGAGUCGAGUAAUUAUAUCUCACGACUGCACGGCAGUAUGAGGAUGUAUGAAGAUGACGAGGAGGAGCUCCGAAUGUUGGCAAGCUUAAAAAGACAGGAGGAGGAAGAUGAGUGUAGAGUUCCUGCCCUCAGAGCGUCUCAGAUCCACCAGUGUGAUGUCAGCAUCAGCCUGAGCAGUGAUGACCCUUCAACCUGGACCCACAUCCAGCAAGCAGUGAAUCAGGGACAUCAUUAUCAGACGGAAAUGAAUCCUUUGCUUCAAUCAAAUCCAAGAGAGUGGAUGGACGUGCUCAGCCCUCCUAUUAUGCCUCCCAGCCAGCAGAGAAGGUCAGGCAACACAGAGAACAAUUUGGAAAGUCUACUCAGAGGGGGGAAUGACUUGGUGCAUGGAGAGGAGAAUGGAGAUGAAUAUCUCAAACUGCUCUAUGAUCCGUGCCUCAACUGCUAUUUUGAUCCAGUGUCAGGGAAGUACUAUGAACUAGCAUAACUCAAAUCCGUUUCCCAUCAGAAUUGAUAAUUCAUAUUUAAAGCAGAUAAAUUACUCCGAGAUUUUAUUUUACAGUUUUUUUGAGGCCAAGCUUUAUUGAUUGGAAGUGAAUUCCCUUUUCACCAAAACCCACCUUUGUUCCAGGGAACCAACGACAGCUUUGUUUUGCCAUGUGUGGUUAGUCAAACUCAACUGUAAGGCAUUGGGAAAGUCACUAAAUUAAACACAUGCCCUUUUGCAAGUAUGGGCUCAUUCAUAGUGACUUUUAAUGACAAAAGAGAAGCUUUUCAUAAGACUUGCUUUGGAAAUGAAUAUGGAAACCUUCUGAAAGAACUUGCUUGAGCUUCCUUUUAAUAUAACACUGUCUAACAUUUCAAUACUAAAAGGACAGAUGCUUCCUAUUUAGUCAAAUUUAUGCAAAAAAAGCUAUCAAAAUAUGUUG